UCUACUGCUCAGUGUAAAUUAACUAACUAGAAAUUUGUAUCGUUGUUUUACCUUGAAUAAUUAAAGAAUAUUUGAAAUGUCGACACGACUAUAUCCUCUUUUUGUUAAGGGAAAUCCACAACUGCGAAUAUUUCUACCUAACUUUUGGAUGAAACUUGUCAAACCUAAAUAUCCUAUCCAACCAAACAAUGUUCAUUUUAUUGUAUCUAUGGAAAUGACAAAACAUGAUGUGAAAAACUAUUUAGAAAAAAUUUACAACAUUCCAGUAGUGAAUGUUGUUACAAAGGUUCACACAGGGGAAAUACGCAAGGAAAAAUUAAAAGGAUACCUAGUGAAAGAUGAAGAUUACAGAAUGGCUUUUGUUACACUGGUAUGA